CCCCUGCAGACCACGUGUACCAUAACGUUCAACCAAAAGCGUCCUUUUUGUGACCAACAGUGUCACCACAGCUGGAAGCACAAAGCCCAACAAGCUAGCAGACUCCACCAUUCCAUGGGCAGGGCACAGCCCUAGGAGGGCGUCAAGGCCUGCUUAUGCCUGUUGACCACAGAUCUAGCCAUCCUCCAAUACGCUUAGUUAAGUGGUGCUGCCCGCCCAUUUCUGCUUCCUCAACCAACCUCUCUUGUGUCACUUCAGCCUCAGCACCUCUUAUUUGCACCCCCCAAAAUAAUCCUCUUUGUGUGAGAUUUCAAGUCCCCUUUCUAAGCCAGAUGCCGUCCUGGAGGCUGGGAUCACAAUGAUAGCCUGGAGCUGUGAGGAGCCACCCCUCGGGCUGAGCUGGUGCGGCACCCUCGGAGUCCUGGUGGGCAAGGGCGAGCCAGCAGCAGUCUCUGGCACGCAUACCUUUACCUAGUGAGGGAGCAUGUCUGAGUUUGUUGAAAGUUCCUAUCUUUUGUCUUGGGUGAUUGUACCUGUUCCUGUCUUCCGCUCAUUUGGUCAUAUAUCUCCUUUCACUUCCUUCCUGCUCCCUUCCGACCCUUUCCUCCUUACGUCCCCUUCCUGCUCCCUCCCUCCUGGGGACUUCCUCUCUCAGCCCACACACACCCCACUUCUCAGCGGAUCCUGCAGAGAGACCCGGUUCUUGCUCCCCUGCCUUCUCACUGCCCCUGCAGCCCGUCCUGACAGAACCAAGGAAAGGUAUGAUUUAAGUCUGGAUGAAACAGGAGCUUUGACAUUUCAGAGAGUGCAGUUUGCCAUGGGUCUACCUCUGUUAAAACGUGCAAUUCAGGAACAGGCAGAGAACACAAAGAAUUUUGUCAGUCGGAGCCUGGUCAUAGAAGAAGUCCUCUCCAUGGCGGACAUGGCCACAGGAGUAAAGCGUGGAAUAAUUUACUGGCUAUUUGGUGGCGCAGUCAGGAAUCUUGGAAGCCCGGGACAUGUGACUAAGUGGCUUCAGCCACUCCAGGGGCAGAAAUACACUGGGAUGUUCGCAGUGACCGAGAGGGGCCACGGGAGCGACGUGAGAGGGAUCCAGACCCAAGCCACCUUUGACCUCUCUGCGCAGGAGUUUGUAAUUGACACGCCGUGUGAAAAUGCUGAGAAGAUGUUUGUCGGAAACGCGAUGCAUGGGAAUUACGCGGCCGUGUUUGCUCAGCUCACCGUAAAUGGAAGGUCUCAAGGGCCCCACUGUUGCAUUGUUCCUGUCCGCGAUGAAAACGGAAGCUUGUACCCAGGAGUGACGGCCGUUGAUAUGAUGUACAAAGAAGGCCUGCGUGGUGUGGCUAAUGGGAUUUUAAUAUUUCACGAGGUUCGGAUUCCAAGGGAGAACCUUCUGGAUAAGUUUGGCUCUGUGGCUCCAGAUGGGCGGUCCUGUUCCCCUAUUAAGAACAAGAGUGCAAGAUUCAACGGGAUGCUGGCAGCGCUGACCCCUUCAAGGUUAGCUGUGACUUUCCAAGCUAUGGGUGCCACGAAGCUUGGGCUGACGAUAGCCAUCCGCUAUAGUCACAGCCGGAGGCACUUUGGGCCUAAAGCCAAGAAAGAAGUCAAGAUCACUGAGCACCAAAUACAGACCCUUUGGCGGAUGCCUCACCUGGCCACAGCCUUGGCCUUGACCUUCGCCAGCAGGUCUGCUGGGGGCCUCCUGGACAAGGACGUCUUCCGUGGGAAGGAGCUCGUGGACAGUCGCCCCUUGCAGGCUCUGGUGGCGGGGCUGAAGGCCUACAGUACGUGGGAGAACGUCAGCUGCCUGCAGGACUGCCGCGAGUGCACAGGAGGCAUGGGUUACAUGAUGGAAAACCGAAUCUCAGGCCUAAAAUGUGACACGGAUGUGUUUGUAACUUUUGAAGGCGACAAUGUUGUUAUGCUGCAGGUUGUGGUGUGGGAACUGCUGGCUCGAUAUACCAAACAGCAUCAAGAGAAGCCACUCUCCCCCGUGUUCCGAGACUGGGCUGAGUCUGGGAGUGACAAGCUGAGAACCAGUUUCUUGGCAUUUGAUGUGGACACAGUCGGUAAUCUCGCCUUUCUGUUGAAAGCAGUGAAUUUUCGCGCAAGGGCUCUUCGCCGGAGUUUGGUGGCCAGAAUUCAUUACAAGGUGACGAGCAAGAAGGAGGACUUGUUCAGUGCCUGGAACUUGUGUCUUCGUCAUGUUGCCUCCCUGUCUCUGGCGUGCAUUCACAGAGUUACUCUAGAGCACUUCUGCCUGGCAGUGAGGAGCUGUCCUGAGCAAGAAGACCAGGCUUUGUUAAUGAAGUUUUGUCUGCUAUAUGGAACCAAGCUGGUGUUUCAGGAGCGAGCCUGGUAUCUAGAACAUAAAUAUUUGACUCCCACGGCCAGCACGAGGAUUAGGAGUCAGUUACUGGAUUUGUGCGACUCGGUGAAGGAUAAUGCCCUGAGGGUGAUCUCCGCCUUUAACAUUCCACACACCUCCCUCCAUGCACCAAUCGCCGGAAUCACCAAUGCGCAGGCGGCCUGGGCCUUCUACCCUGCACCGCCACAACCCCAGGCCCGAGAAGGGGCGCGCUCUCAGCGGCCCAAGCUGGGAGCCAAGUUAUAG